AUGUCCCCACCAUCAAAACGUGACAAUGAGUUGACUCAGCCAAAGAAAAAGAAACGAUCACUCGGCCAUUUUCCAUGUCGACAUUGUGACAAGGUGUUUACUCGUUCUGACCAUUUGGCCAGACAUAAUCUCAAUCAUGAACCAAAGGAAGUCUACACCUGUGAUUUCCAAAUUGAAUCUAAUGGGAAGGUCCAACUUUGUGGUAAAAGAUUUGUUAGAAAGGAUUUAAAAGAACGUCACCUCAAAAGGCAUUACGAGUUACAAGAGCUUGAUGCGAUGAGCAGCCAGGGUCAGGGUGUACAGAACCGCCCAGCUUCAUCGGGAAAUGAAUCGGUACCUGAGAUACCCACCCAACCAUUCCAACAGCCUUCGCUCCCCUCGUCUAUGGCAUCCCCUCAGUACCCGUUGACAACCAACUUGCCAGCCAACAUGCUACCUAACCAAUUUGAUUUAGACUCGUUGCGAAACAACGGCACUACAUUGCCACAAAAUGACAUUUUAACCUGGCUAUUUGAGAUUCCCCAGUUUGACAACAACUUGCCGAGAGAUGACUCGUAUCAUCACCAAAAUAUGCACCACAAUGUUUCCCAGCAAUUUGCACCUCCGCCGCCACCGUUGGGAACACUUGAGGACCAACUCGUUACUGCGUUUGAUUACAAUGUGUUCCCUAACGAAAAUAACCCGUUGGAUGAUCUAGUAUCGAGACAAAUGCAAAUGAAGGAAGACCAGGUGCGUAAACUAUCACAGGUUAGUGAUAGCAUGCCAACAUAUCUGACAAUCACCACAAAUUCGUCUCCUACCACCAUUGACACGAGUGGAGGACAGGAGCCUCAAGUAUUAGAUGAUGAUGGCACUAUUGGCUUUGAUGUUUUGGAAAUUACCAACUUACUUGGGUUGAGUAUGGAGCAGGUACUGGAGAUUUGCCAUACAAAACGCUUGUCAACUUACUUUACAAACUUUUGGACUACAUUUCACCCGCAAUUCAACUUUAUGCACGGUCCCUCGUUUGAUCUCAAGGCAUAUCCACUUCUAUUAACCUCCAUGAUUAUCGUGGGUGCCCUGUGUUUCAAUAGCGGCGAAAGAACAGAGCAUAUGAUAGCGCAACUAUUCGCUGAAGAAUUGCGCUAUGCCAUUUUCAAGCACGAAGAUUUUCUUUUUCUGAGGCCAUGGAUUAUACAAGCAUUGAAUUUACUCGAGUGGGUUGAAAAAAACUUUCUCUCGAGGAAAUUCCACCAACGAGGACAUGUUCAUCACGGUGCUACUGUGCAGCUUCUACGAAGGAGUCCAAUGAUGGGUGGUAACCCCUCGGCUAUAAAGAAAACAGCCAGUAAUGCUACAACCUCAGCUGAGGAGAGUGAUUCUAACUUGGAAGAAGAGAUCAACACUGACAAUGAUCUUUAUAUACGAUGGGUUGAAUCUGAAUCAAUGAGACGCAUUACAUUCAUGACAUUUUAUUUCGACAUCACUGACUAUGUUAAAUUUAGACAUAAUCCGCACAUUGAAUUCAGUCAGCUCCAAUUGUUGAAUCUCCCUUGUGAUGAGCGCCUUUGGGGAGCUACAUCAAUCAAUGGGUCGUUUAAGAAGUUGGCCAAGCUUCAGAAAAAGUUACAUUGCACUCAAAAGACUUUUUUAACAGGGUUGAGGGAGCUUUUGAGAGGACAGUAUCAGGAGUUGAAGGCUUAUCCCAUUUUCACGCAAAAGAUACUUUUAGCGGGGUUGGUAUCUUUAAUGUUUCUGCAAAGUGAGAUGAACAACUCGUUGUUUAGACACAACUCCAAUAAAUCGUGGAAGGAAAAUGUAAUGACCACGUUUGAAUCUUGUCUUGAUAUGGUGCUGAAACUUGAACAUAGAACCCUAUAUCGACCCUUUGAUGUGUUUUAUCUAGCCCGAAUUAUGGCAUGUGACGUCAACCACUAUGAUCUUGCUAUAUUUGCCGGUGCUCCUGCCAAUCAAAGUGUUGCUGCUACAAAGAAAGACAAGAGGGUAGUCGAACGCAAGAUGAAGAAUGUGUGGUCACACAAAAGAAGCCUCGAUUGCGUUGUUCAAAGUUACAAGUUCUUGUGGGAUGUCUUAUUAGGAGAAGAUGAUUGGGAUGCGAAUAAAAGUAGCGACUGUUCAUUCACCCUAAGCCAUGCCAUGUUGAUGUUGUGGUCCUAUUGUUUCGUGGUGUAUGGCAAAGAAAGCUCAUUGUACCGUGAAUUCCCCAAAGAUACCACCUAUGCCCAAAUGGUGGAGUUGAGUGCUGAAGAUGGCUAUAACUACUUGGCCAGAACAAGAGACGAAUUUUACAAAAGUGGCAGUAAAUUAUCAUCAAUUUCAAACAAGCAAAACAUUUCCGGGUUGUGCUUUUUAGUUGGAGCAAAAUUAAGAACAAGCAAUUGGGAAGUUAUGCGAGAAUCUGCAAAACUCGUUUUCAAUUGCGGGUUUAGGUCUAUUGGGAAGGAAACUGUGUUAUGUUUAGACCUCUUUGAUAAUUAA